AUGGCGAAUGAACCAGAAGAGUAUGAGAUUUACUAUGCCGAUAGUCAUGAUCUAGAUAUCGUGGAUUGUAUCACCAUCUCGAAAUCUGCGACUGUUGCUGCGCUCCGACAUCAGAUCCAAUUAUCGGACCCCCAUUGCAAGGAUAUCUUGCCAUCGGCACUCAAAUUAUUCCAAGUCGACAUUUCAGAUACAGAGGAUUUGAAACAAAGGAUUCCCGAAAAACUUCUUGACGCCUCCAUCCAACCGCUCAAGCCAACGCGUCGGAUAACUGGCUACUAUCCAUCAAACCCAUUAGAACAAACUAUUCAUAUAGUUGUAGUGAUCCCGAAACCCCCCAAGGGUGCAGCCAAACGUUCCCUCGCCUCUGAAGAAGAUUCCGGAACCGCGCAAAAGCGUAAGAGAAAAGAAGCUCGUGAUGACUUGCUCGCAAAAACGCAUGCCAUUGCAUCCCCAUCUUCAGCUGCGACCCCUAAGAAUCUUCAGGAGAAUCCGAUGAAUUCUUAUUUAAUCGCCCUGCCGAUAGACUCCAAAAAUAUCGCCCAGCAUCCAGAUCAGGUCUCUGGCGAGGAUAUGAUGCUGACAUGGGAUGUACUCAACAACUCCGCUGCCAUUUACGAAACCGAGAGCCAAAGGAGGAAGGGCGUCCAACAGUCGAUACAAGAUCUGCUAGGGAAACCGGCUAACCAAACUGAAUUGCCGGAUGGCUCCUCGAACGACAGCGUUACUCUAUUUGCACAUCGCAGUAAGCAAGCGCUUCUCGCGAUCUGGGAAUAUAAGGCGGAAAUCGGGUUUGGGGGUAAAGAUCCCACCAUCCAAGCUGGCUUUGGAUAUUCAAAGUGGUGGGCAUCAGCAGAGGCCGCAUUCUUUCGCAAUCGCUCCUGCUGUGCGAGUUUUCUGCUUUCGAUCGCGGGGGCCUGGCUUUUUGUUUCUGGUGCCGUGCUGGUGAACAACCACUGGGUCGUCGAGCCAAUCACUUCCGAGUAUAAUGGCACCAUUUCUAACGAUCCUAGACACGUGGAGCGUGUGGCACGACUGAUCAUUCGGCUUCGAGAAGCAAUCGAGGUGUUGGAGGAGGAGUACAGGACGAUAGCCAAACAAGGAGCCGUGGAGGAGGCGCAGUCUUUUCCCGAUAUCACGUCGUAUACGAUUGAUGGUACAACAACGACGUUUGUAUACGAGAAGGUCUUCAACUACGAUUCAAGUAGGACAACAAGGACGUUGCUUCAAGCGAGGAUGAGUAAUGGCCAGCUUGUUAUGGUUAAAUUUGUCCGAACGUACAACGGAGAUGCUCAUCGCCUGCUCGCAAACGAAGGAUUGGCGCCCCAACUCUACUAUUGCGGUUCAUAUGACGAGCAUAUCCCCGACCAAAUGGCGGUCAUGGAGCUCAUCGAGGGUCACGACAUGUACCACAAGGCCUUCACCGAGAAGCAGCUUCAAGAUGUCCGAAGAGCAAAAGACCUAUUACAUGAGAACGGUUACGUUUUCGGAGAUCUUCGCAGCAACAACAUACUUCGAACAAAGGCAGGGGAAAUCAAGUUGAUUGAUUUUGAUUGGUGCGGCAAGGAUGGGCAAGAGCUGUACCCGGUGGACAUGAACCCCGAUGUGAAAUGCGGUUGGCAUCCCGACGCAAAAGGUGGUAGAAUCAUGAAGAAAUGUCAUGACGAUUACCUGGUUGACAAGUUCCCGGUGGAGGCAGAGGAUCAAGGGGCUUUUACCGAUGACCAGUAG